UCGUCAGUUAACGACGCUGGUCUUCAGUUGCAUCCGAACGCUCCAACCGUGAACUUUAUCGAAACUGGCAACGCGCAAAUCAAGCUGGCCACCAUGGUGACCAAUGCCGCGGCAACAGCGGCUGCCACGAAUACCAGCACCAAUAACAACAACCUGCAGACAAACAACAACAGUCACGGCGCGAACAACAACAACGAUGACUUUGACUUUGACCAGGAUAGCGGAUUGCAGGACCUCGGCUUGCCGGUGUCCGUGCAAACGUUCCUGUGGCGCCAAAUAGCCCCAUUCAUCCGACCCAAGCUGGGCAAAUUGCACGAGUCCACCUGUCUGUUUUGUCAACACGCACCGGGACACCAUGAGUCGAAAGAAGCCUGCAAGUCUUUUGAAAAAGUGUUAGUGCAAAACAUACAGUUUGGACUAUCGCCCCCUUUGACAAAGGCUCUGGGAGCCAUUCCACGAUGGCGACUUCUGCAGGGUGCCUUGCCACAUGUGAUGCAUGCGUGUGCCGCCUUGUUGCACAACCGAGUCAAGGACAUGCAGGCUAUUGGCCCUGUGGAAACCAAGCUACUGUACACCAUGCAAUGGAUACUCCUUUACGCCGCCGAGGAAUGUGCCGACGACGAGGGCGGAGAGGAUAUGGGUUUGGGCGAUUCGACUGGGGAGCCUCGACCCAAGUCCAUCGAUCAAUAUUUGUUCUCGGUGCCAACGAUUACUCUCUUUGUUUAUCUAUUUGCACCAAUUAUACAUCACCUAAAGGAGUCAGACUUUCAGAACUUCCGCCUGGAGAAUGGCAUUAAGCUAUGGCAGGGCAUGUGGGAUAAUCGGGCACCGGGAGCUCCUUGCUUUACAGCUCCUGUAAAGCCAAAAGCCCGUAACUUGCUGUGUGCUCCGACUCCAAAAGGAUCCACUGAUGUAUUUCCUGCUCGUAAACAUUCCCUCAGUGCCGAUGCUAUGUCACCUAAAGCUGAUUCACCCCAGAGUGGCAUUUCAGACUUCGGCAGGCAAGAUGAAGAGGGCUCCUGGGUUUCUUCCCCCAAAGAGUUUGCCUUUCCGGAAACCAUACCUGAAGAAGCCUCAAGCGUAGAAGACGAGCGUGUGGUAAUAUUUCGAUUACCCUCAGCGCCACAACUAAUGGAUAAUUCAUUCUUUACUGCUGAUGCCAGUCUGCUCCAACAAUCCCAGAGCCGCCGCGGGAGUCGCCAAUCAAUGAACUCCCGCGACAAGGAAAAGAUUCCAUCUACCAAGUUCGAGUUUGACCAGCAGGAACUGAUGCGGGGUGCUUCGAUGAAGGAGAAACGCAGUGCCUCCAUUGACAAGGAGACGGACUCUGACAAAUCGGACAGUAUAAAGGCGGAUGUGUCGGCUGCCACUUUCUUGGAUGUAUCUGUGCUACGUUGCCUGUUCAUAUCCCAUUGGCAGGAGGAAGGAAUCUUUUGGAGCUUACAGUACUUGUAUAAUCGUCUUAGUGACAUUGGUGAAGAUGCGGCUAUUACUUUGAAUCAGCCACGGAAGCGUUCCAAUUCAUUGCCUAUUCCACAAAUCGAGAUAUCCCUGUACCAGGGACCCGGUAGCAACAGCCGAGACAGUCCUGGAAGCUCUGUGGUCAAGGACUAUAUAGAAAUACCCGAUCCAUCACCCACUGUGACAGCCUGUGUUGUGGAAGAACCUCAAAGUGCUCCAAGUACCUCCGAGCGACGGGGCAGCGAGAAGAAAAAACGCGUCAAGAUGGCCGAUUUGAGGGCUUUCGUGGAGACAAAGAUGUUCUCUAAGUCGGAGAAGAAUCUGGAAAAAGUAGGGCUCGAUACUCACUCUGCCAAUGGCAAGACACCACUGCAACAUGCAGAGUAUCAUCGCAGCUUGGAUACGGGCGAGAAAAAGCUGUCGCGUUCUGCUUCGAUGAUUAGUCGCGAGCCGGCCAGUAACCUCAUUAAGGGGAAAUCUAUGCCCAGUCUUAGCUGUCUGCUCGAUAGCGGAUACGUUGAGCCACCGAAGGCGCCAAGACCAUCGCAGACAAGUUGUCCUCGUGCCACAGUAUUCUAUCCUCGGAAUCCCAUUAUUACGGUUACGGAGCAUACACCGACACCCUCUCCGGAUUAUAUGAAGCGACAGGGUUCCAUUGACUCCCAGCUGGACGCCUUAAGUAAUGGUGGCAGCAUUGCUGGCAUGGGGGAAAAUGGAGGCGGAAACGGAAGCACCGGCAUGGGCAGCACUACCACUAGGUAUCGUGGCCAAAUGCUACGCUCACAUACCGACUCCCAUAUUGAUUACACUGGCGUGGAUGAGUCCGAGGCACCUGGAUCGUCGUUUUAUAUAACACGUGAUGGUGGCAUCGAUUACGAGAUUAUCCUACUGGCCAUCAGCAAUGUUUUCAAGCGAGAUCCUUCACAAGUGUGCUCCCUCCGUGUCCUGGAGGCGGGUCUAAACAUUUGUGAAUUAUUGAUUGAGAUGGGGGUCCUGAAGUUGGGUGAGCAUGCCCACGAAAUAUCCAUGAGCAUUACGCGGCGAGCUCUGCAGGUUCUUGGGUGCCCCCAUGGAUGCAACGAUGGUGUUCGUGGUCCUCCUGCGGACUUUCUGCGCAAUCAAUGCCAAAAGAUUCUAUCAAGGAUGCUGCGACAGGCUGGUCCCCGAACCAAACGCUAUAUGCAGGAGAUGGUAAGGACCUCGCCCUUGCCGGAGCUGAUCGACUACUUCCACGCGUUCUUGGCCUUCUGUGUGGAUCCGAGCUCUCUGCUUUCGCCUAUGAGUCAGGGCGGCUAUACGACAAACUUUAGCGGCGGGAUGAGCGGCGGUGCGGAGUCCCAGGUUGUUGGGGCAGUCUUCAAGCCGCUGGUCAGCCGGUUCGUCGAGGCCAGCAAGGAUUUAAAGAGUCCGGAGAACAUUGCCCUCUACGGGGACAUCCGUCAGUUGGUCACCUAUGUGAAAGGAGCCCAUGGUGGACCCUUCCGUCUGGUGGCGCUCAGUGGUAUUUUGGCCGUCACUCCCAGGCCACACAAAAAAGGUCCUUCAGCGCAAACCACAAGAGUUAUAAGACACAUUCCCCAAGCCAAUGUGGGCCAGAGUAUGCAGAACGAUGACAACCGCUCUCAGCGCCGCCUUCUAUUGAAGAAGCGAAGUACUUCCUCCGCCUGCGCCAGCCUCCUCGAAACGGAGACGUGUGAGGAGCACUACAAGACCAGCCAGUCGCCUUUGAGCAACUUCCGUAGACGAACCACCGGAGUCCGCCCUACGUUGACCCCCCGACACAGCGAACGGGCCCUGCUUUCCGACUCGACGUCGAGCUCGGAGCGCAAUUCGCUGGGACGGCUCAGCGGCUUGGUGCGCUGGUUCCGGGGCACGCCCAAGGAGGCCUCGUCCAUCGACCUGGAGAUCGGGUCCCUCAACCCAGAGAUAUCCUCCACGUUUAUGCGGCACGCCUCGCUGAAGAUCCAGCGGGGUCGGUCGAGUGACGGCAUUGGGCGGUCCAUUCAGCGCGCCAAGCGACGCGUCGAGCGGCGGCUGAACCGUUUCGGUGGCAUUGUGAAGGGCAAGAAGAAGGUGGGCGGCAUCGAAGAGACGGCGGACUUCAGCCGACGCAGCUCCUCGGACAUGUGCGAUGGUCCCCGGGAGUCGGAGGUAGUCAUCCUCAAGGAGCGCAAGCUCGUCCCCACCGAUCCAGUGCGCGUGGGCAUGUUGCGGCUAUCCUUUCUGCUGGAGACCUGUGCUCCUGGCUCCUUUCCCGACUCCCAGUUGGUGGCAGCAGUCCUGGAUCUGCCCCAAGCCCCCCUUGUGGCACGUGCCACUUUCCUCUUGGAGUGCGCCCACUUUGUCCAUCUUUGCAAUAAAGGUCAAUGGCCUGCCUGGAUGAAACAGAACGUAGGCAGCUACCGGGCAUCUGGAGCUAACAUCAAUAUCAGCCAGAUGAAGCAACAGGUGAGCCAGUCAAGUGCCAGACGUACUCACAUCCUGCAGAGGGCCGCCGGCAAGAUGUUCCACCAGUGGGCGGAAAUGAUAGGAGCUCGUCUCGAGGAGAUUCUGUUCACUGAGCGACUGCAGUACGAGGCGGUCAAUGCCAGUCUCACGGAUCCGGAAAAGCAGCGUGAGCUACUGCAGCAGGACGAGGAAGAGGACUUCCUGGACGAGGCUUCGGUGAAUCCACAUGGCAACGACUGUCCACAUUCCCUGAAACUCAUCGCUUGUGUACUGCUUUUUGAGAUUACGGCCUUCUUGAGGGACACCUAUCUGAUGCUGCCCAAAACAUCCAAGCUGAUUCAUCGCGACAAGCCGGCUCCUUGGGAGAAGGUCUAUCGCGAGGCCAAUCGCCGCUGGUCCAUGGCCCUUAGUUCCAUGGGUCACUCCCAGACUUCGGCCCAGAGCCUCCAGUCCAUAGCUGCAGGAAACGAUGGCGCCGGGCAGUCGGAGCGUAAAAUAUCCUUUGUACUUCAUGAACCAGACAACGAAUCGGAGAACAGUAGUAAUACCACACUAACUAAGGAAGAAGAAGCUCGGCGUCCUACUGCUUCCGCAGUGCGUCCUUUCCUUUUGAGGCGUGGCACUGCCACCACAACAGGAGGGUCCUUUAAAAGACGCUCUCUUAAGCUGCGCCGUAAUACCAAAGAUAGCAAGGAUAUUGAAACGGACUUCAAUAUCCAAUCGCGUCGCAAGGUCUCCUCCCUUUCCGAUCGGAGUGACACCUCAGAGCAGGGCAUGAUUAGUGGCGGGGAAGAGUCUCCUGGAAUACUCAGCGACGACCAGCAGCCAGAGUCACCCACAGACUCCAAUGAAAACGAUGACACGGCCAAGAAUAUGCCCUGGCUGAAGGCGGUUAUAGAUUUGAUGUCCAGUUACAACUACUACUGCACCCAUAAAGGAUAUUGUCAUCCGUUCUGCUAUAAACGCCACAUGAGAUCCUGCACUCGUCUGGUGAAGGCUACUAGAAAGAUUUAUGGUGAGGAAUUCGGUUUCUCCUUUGAUUCAGAUCAUCCAACCGUGGAACCAACAGUCAUUAGCUCUAGUAAGCCACACACUUCUCGAUCCCGCUCCACUCGAAAGGUAUCCGAGCAAAGCUCCACCCAGACCUCUCCGUCCAAACGUAAGGACAGUUUAUGUCGCAAGGAUCGCAUAAGUGAUGAUCCGGAUCUGGAAAUGGCCGAAAAGUUGGCCAAGGCCUUCCGCCAGGAGAAAGAGAAAAAGUUGCAGGAAGAACCUCCUAUCCUUAAGUUCAUCAGGAUUCAUAUUAGGAAUCUCUUUCACUUUCCACUGGCCACCUUGCUAAAGGGCGCUGUCGUGCUCACUGAGGAAAUGGUAAUCGAGGCAAUGCCUGCCGCCUGGGAACUCCUGCUGGAGACGAACCAUGACACAGCCACCUCCAGUGCCGCUGUAUUUCUUAUGGGCUCGGUGAAGGCGCAGAACUUUGCCUUCGACAUCAUGCAGAGAGCUCUGAAGCACAAGGAUCCGGACAUAAGGAUUGGAGCUAUUCAGCGCUACCUUGUGCUGUGGAAGUGCCGCUUCCAUGUCUGGCCGCGAAUGGAGGAGAAUGCCCACGACGUAACUUUCAAGGUGCCACCAGGUGGCAUUGAAUUCACACUGCCGUCCCCAAAGAUUGGCAUUGAAAGUCUGCCUGUGGUAGAUCCACCUUGGAUGCCCGUACAGCAAACAAAGGACAUGGAUGUUACUUUAAACCAAGACAGACAUCGAUCCCUAGUCACCGCCACUAAGAGCCGGAAGAUGCAGCAGACGGAGGCCAUUAGGAACGCCCUUCGUCAGCAGCGGGACAAGCAGCGGGCGGAGAGGCACAGCUUCCUCAUCACCAUGAUUCCGAUCAGUCAACAGGCUUCACACGAGCCUGGCAUGGAGAAGCUGGAGGAUCACGAGAUCGAGGAGGACCUCGACGGCACACGCAUGUCCUCGCACCUGCAUCACGCCCACUCGCUCUUCCCCUCCGUCCUCUGCUCGUCCGUGAUGCAGAUUGUCGGCUGUCUGGAUGAUGCUGCCAUCGGGUCGGAUGGCAAUGCUGUCUACGAGAUUGCCUACCAGGUGAUCUGGGUGUGCCUUGUGGAGGAGUCGGCCCUCUUUCUUCGCUAUGUAUUUGAGCGGCUGACCCGCGACCGCCAGGACCAGAUGUUCAAGCUGCUGCGACAUUUGAUUCGAUUUGUGCCCCGUCUGCCCCAACAGGCGGCCUUUGCCUUAUAUAACUCAAUUAUAGGAUACAUUAUGUUCUACGUGCGAUCCUCCAAUGAGCUGAAACAGGAGCUUGUUGGCUCAGCCUUGUCGGUCCUUUGGAUGGUGGUGCACUCGGUGCAUGGAAUUAUGUUCAAGGAUCUGAAGCAGAUUCUGCGCAAAGAGCAGUGUGAUGCUUCCAUUCUCCUCACCGCCAAUGUGCCAGCAGCUAAAAAGAUUGUUGUCCACGGACCCGCCGACGAUGACUAUAAUAUACCCUCCCAGUUUCCCGUUCAAGAGGAUACGCUUUUCUGUCAGCUUUUGAAGGAGGCUUUGGAUUACUAUCCUAUAGAUGAGAAAAAUACUAGUCACUAUUGCUUAGUGGACUACAAGAGCAGCAAAAUCCUAAAUCCAAACUGGUACAUACGGGAUCUUUACUUCUUCAAGCGCUCACAGUAUCCGGAGGUGCGUUUAAUGCUAAUGCGUCCUGAGGAAUCUUUCCUGGCUUUGCAGAAGCAAGAGCUCACCAAGAAAUUUGUGGAGAUCGGCAAAGUACAUUUAACCUGGGCGAUUCUCAAGAACGUGGACAUGGUGGUUCAGCGAGUAGUGUUUCUACACGAAGAGCUUAUGAAGCUACCAUCAUUUCCACGGAAGGCACUGGAGGUAGACCUUGACCUGCAUCAUGGCGGAGAGUAUGGAAAGGUUCUUCUCGGUCUGGAUGUCUUGCACAAAUUUAUGUGGGUGCGCCUGAUUGCCCGAAUGUUCGAAGCUAUGGCUGGCAAUUUUGCCUACUCGGCGGAUAUCCAGCUCUUCUUGAACGUCCUAUCCGGAGCAUCUAUUCUUCAUGCCGAGGAUUCGUGCAUCAUGCGUUACGUCAUGGCCACGUUCAUUAACGCAGCCUUUAACUUUAAGAACAUAUUCUCCACAAAGGGGUAUUUCAUGAUUAUGCCCACAUUGCUGCAGGUUUACUCCCUGCAUCAAACCAACAAGCUUAUCACCACAACAAUCGAAUAUGCAGUCAAGCAGUUCUAUCUGCUAAACCGGAAACCCUUUAUACUGCAAAUGUUUGGAUCCGUUUCCGCCAUCCUCGACACAGAUGAGGACGGAACUUAUGGGGAGGCACACAAGGUCCAGUCCAGCUGUCUCUUUAACUUACUGCUGAGUCUGGAAGAUCCCUCACCGGAUCCUCUUAAUAUUGCCGAGCUAGUGAAGGAGCCAAAGCCCCUAAAGGCCAUUGAUUUCUGUUACCACGACGAGGAUGACGAUGUGACAGUACUCGACUGCAUCACCCUUUGUGUAAUGGUGGUUUCCUACUCGGCGGAGAGCACUCGAGGCUAUCAAAUGCUGAUAAUUUUGGAGGCCAUCCUCCCAUGCUAUCUGCAACAAAUCCAAUCGCCUAGCUACAUUCCUCUCCAGGGAAAGUCUGAACGGGACAUUAUCCUCCAAUUGGCGGUUGCCAUUCGCACAAUGGUUCACAAUUGUGAGGGCUUGGCCAAGAGCUACAAUGGACCAUACAGAAAUAGCCCGGAGCACAAGGGCUCCUCGCAGCGGAAUUGUAGUCGGGGUCCACCCUGUUCGCCUGGCCUGGACUUUGAGGAGGAAUCUCACCCGAAAUACGUAACUGAUGCUCGCACCAAGAAUAUGAUGGACUGUGCCGAGGACUCGGAGAUGAUACGAACGGAGUACCGGCGGCCACGAGAUGUUCUAUUGUCUGUGGUGGCGGAUUUUCUUACAAAGUCUACAGCCCGCCUUGCAGAACUGGCUAAGAAGAUGCCGAGCGACACCAAGCCCACCGAAGUGCUGGACGCCAAGUGUCACAUACGAUUGGCCGACAUAGCCCACUCCUUACUGAAGGUUUCCCCCUACGAUCCGGAGUCCAUGGCCUGUCGCGGUUUGCAACGCUACAUGCAGGCGGUCUUGCCAAGGGCGGAAUGGUCUAAUGAUACGUUGCGAAACGCUCUGGUCACCAUAUUACGACGAAUCGACAAAGUCUUCCUGAAGAUUUCAAAGAAACCUUCCAUACGCCGAAACACCGACUGGGAGGCGGCUGCCGGUUUGCUCAAAGGCAUCCACGAGACUAUAAUCCGGCAUUCGUACGUACUGCACUGGCAGCAAAUGAAAACACUGAUUAGCACCGUGCAGAAUCUGAUUGUUAACGAACCCGGAUCCGGCAUUCCCGAGGGCGUCUCCAGCGCAGGGGCGGCGCUCAUGUCUCAGAAUCCGCCGGCCUUUUUCUGCUCAGCCGUGGUGCGUCUGGUGGCCCUGCAGGUGGUCAGCCCCGUGGACUGCUUCUCCCUGGUCCAGAUUUGCGGGGGCAGCGCUGAGUUCGCCACGCAGGAAAAGGCCGAGGGUUUUCUAAUGCAUCUGAUCAUGCCGCUGUGUCUGAAGGUUUGCUCGGGACGCGGAGUCUCCGACGUGGGUGAACUAAAGAUGACGGACGUGUCCUUUUUGCUGACUGCCGUCCUUAACGCCAUGAGUCCACCGGCGGGUCGCACCGGCCAGGCUGUGUCCCAAAUUAACAGGGUGACUGGGGACUUGCGUGCCGGGUCGCUCACUUUUACCGGCAGCCGCGAUGCCAAGCGUCCUGCCAGGAUAUCCGGUUCCCUUUACCAAGCGGCUUUCCUGGCCCUCCGAAUCGUGUGCAUUUGCUUCGAGAGCCGCCUGUCCAACGAGUGGCCGCGUAUUGUACGGGUUAUGAGGGAUUUGGGCCGACGCAACGAGGCUGCUCCGGAUCUCUGGAGCUUUAUGGAGUUUGUGGUCACCCAUCGCACGCCAUUAUAUAUUGUCCUGCUUCCCUUUAUCUUGCACAAGAUUUCACAGCCCCCCAUAGGAGACCAUGAGCGACACAUGCAGUUUAUUAUCAGGGAAAGAUUGCGUGGUACACCGCCGCAGGGUGGGAUCAAAUCCAAGGGAGCUCUGCUGCUGGAACUGGCCCGGGAGCUGCGCGAUCUGCGCGACGAAUUGGAGGAGAAACGAUACGUCUCCACAGAUCGCGAGAGCUCCGAGCAGAAGAAGAGCGACACCCAGGCGGCAACCAGUGCGGCAGACGCUCACAAGUCGCAGCAAAGACCUUCACUCAUAUCUAUCUUCACAGGAACCACCACCGGCCAGGCGACGCACUCGCACAUCUCGGCGGUGCCGAUCGACUCGCGAAGCGGAUCCGGCGGGAUUUGCACGCCCAGCGACACGCUGUCGCAGCAGACGCUGCACCCGCCGCGGGAGUCGCUGUCGAGCAGCUCCACGGGCCGCGAUCCGCACACCACGACCAGCGAAAGCCAGAGCGGCGAGGCGGACGCAGGAUCGGCGCCGACGCUGGUGGGACCCACUCCGAGUGGCUCUGGCCUCGGAUCCGGCUCCGGCACUGGCGCCGCUUCUGCCGUGCCCUCGCAUCUCUCGCAUUCGCAGUCGCUUCAGCAGGCUCCCUUCAAGGCCCAGCCCCCCAAGCUGCGAUUCGUCUCGUCCGUGGAGUUCCGGCACUCGUCCGGAGAAACCUCUACUACGCCCUUGUCGCCGGAAAGUCCAGCCGAGGAUAGUUCUGGAGACCAUACCCGGUCGCGUCUGCAACGCUCAAAGGCAGCCAGCCGCAAGACCUUCCGGCUGAAGCGCAGUCGCCUGACCAACAUGGAUCCACCCAGCAUUGUAACCCCCCUCUCCCAGGAGGAGCAACAACAGCAACAGCAGCCACAGGCACAGCCCAAGACCCUUGGCGAGAUAUCCUGGGACUCAGUCUCGCAGACAUCCUCGACGUCGGGCUACAGGGACAACAACAGCCUGCAGACUGGUCUUCUUUCUCCAGACGGAUCCUUGGGCGGUCUUACCCUGGGCCGCUCCCCGUCGCAGCACUCGCUUCUCAUGGUAUUCGAGGGCCAGGACGAAGACACUCUUAUAUAACAAUCACAGAACGGCGACCGGGCCUACGAACUUUAGAAUCCUUCAACUAGAAAUUUGAAGGAAUAUGUAUUAGGUAGCGAAAGAUAGUUGUUGGGCGUUAGGUUUUAUAGAAGAAUCGUUGUUUUCCAUUGUGUGCCCUUUUUUGUAUUCGAUAGAUGAUAGAUAUAAAAUAAUAAAUUGACUUGGUAGCCGUUCGAAAA